AUGAAUCAGUUUCGAUCCCUGGUACGAAACAAGACGCCAAACAUUCGGAUUCAAGACCAAAUGCAAGAUCAGGUGCGAACAUUAGAUAGAAAUUUCACUAGGAAUCAGUUCAACGGUACGACGCAAAACAAUGCUGUACCAAAUAUGUACGGAACGUACAAUCGAGCGCAAUCGAGGCAAGAAAACAAAUCAACGGUGGCGACGUUGAGUCAAGUACAGGGUAGCGAUCCCAAUUUGUACGCCGUAACGGAGUUAUAAAAUCAAACGACACACCAAAUGCAUAAAAACUGCCAUUAUUAAGAUUUUUGGAAUAUCGUCCGAUGGAAAGUUCGCUGUGGUCACUUUCACUGAAUGUCUAUUAAAAAAUUUUAAUCGUCAAUGCACAAUAUCACUGUCCCAAGGGACUCCUUUUGAAAGCGACCAAGCACCAACGUGCAUAUUUUCAUAUAUGCGUUCUUAUUUUAUACGCUAAACCCGAAGAAGAAUGGCUCAAUCGUUUGGUAACUUUUGAUAAGAAUCACGAACAUUUAUAUACGUUUAAACGUAAGAUUUCAUAAAGGGUCUACGUUUUAAGAGUACAAUCGGUGGAAACUGCGGAGCUAGAGUUUUCACCUAUGCUUUCCGCAACGAUAUUCAGAAUUUUCGGGGAAUCAAAACAAAAGGGGAGAAAGAGCAAGAUCAUGCAUGUUUUAUAACUAUACGAUAACCAUUCGCACAUUUAAUAUUUCUCAUCAGUUUCACGAACGAAAAGGAUGAAAAACAAUAAAGGAAUUGCUAUACCAGCGUGUAAGAGUUUCAACGAAGAUAGUUGUGCAAGCAGGAGUGGCGACCCAAUCGAGAAGGUCGGCGAGUAAUGUGAGUUAGGAAAAAUGGGGGCAAAAAAGAAUUUUAGAAUCGGAAAGAUCACCAGCGGGAUGAUGUAUACCGCAUUGUAAAAAUUCGCGUUGAAAUUGAAAAGCGAUUAGAAAAGGUAAAAAGGAUUCAUUUACAUUGAUAAUCGAAGCAUAUUUACAUGAAUAUUACUAUAUGGAAUUUUUCUGUGAGGACUUGGAGAACACUAAUACGAUCACUUUCCUUCUUAUCGUUUAUUUGUUCGAAACAAUGAAUAUUUAGAUCUGCGAGGUCUUGUAUGCCCGAGAUUUCGUAUUUGUAUAUCAUGUACAGUAAUUUUUAUCACUCUACGUUAGUUUAUUCUGUAAAUGAUUAUUGCUUCUUGAUCGAGCAGACGAAUGAUACGUUAUGCGAGCAAAGAAGUUGAUUGCCAUAUUUAUUAUUGCUUGUUAAUUAUUCAUUUUCAUUAACAUCACACAGAAAGCACAACUGUACACAUGAAGUAUUAGUAUGUAUAAAUCGCCUACAAGGAAGAUGCAGAGAACACGUUUAUCAGGCAUCUUUGAAGAUGCUGGAAAUUUGUUAAGUUCCGUUUGAACGUUUCAUAUUCAUGAAGAUAAUUUAUGCUGUUAAUUUUUAGUCGUUAUCGUGGCCUACUACUUUCUCUUAUAUAUAAUCGUUCUAAGCUACGUGCAUCGUUACUUGCCCACGCAAAGUCAUCUCAUUCCGACAUUUCAGUUCCGUCUCCUUUUAAAUUAACAAUAUCGUACCGAGCUGUAAAUGUGAAACUUUUUGAACAACUUUUUACACGAAUUAUACGGCGAUUAUACCAAAUGUAAACGAUAUUCCACGACACAAUUUUUAUAUACUUUUGUAUACUUUUUAUCGAAGAAAGCACGAGACAGAAUUAUCAUUGAUUUUUCGGUGAACCAUCUCAGUAUACAAUUUAUACGUUUGCGAGAUAAGUAUAUACAUAUUAACAUAAGAAGUUACCGCACGAAAUACAGAACGAGUGAUAUGUAUAUAUAAAUAUAUAUAUAAAUAUAUAUAUUAUAUAUAUAUGUGUAUGUAUAUUUAUCAACGUUAAUAUUUAAAGUUCGCAACGAGACGAUGAGUGUUCGUGAAUUUCUAUCGCAAAAUACAUCACGAUGAACCGAAACGAGAAAACUAAAGAUGACCGUUGAAGAAACGGAUUAAAAAGAAAAAACAAAAAAUUCUGCCAAUACUCAGGCAAGCAUACGUUUUUAAGUACAAACACGGUGAAAGCGCAAGCGUUAUGUACGUCAGGUCUUUUUUCAUUUUUUAUAUAUGACGAAAGUUCUAGAGUCAUCUGGUGUAUCGAUAUCGAGUAUCCAGAUUGCAUUUCACGAAUUUAUCCUUUGAGCGAGAGGAUGUUCUUUCGAUGGUGUUCUUGAAGGAUAGAUCGAUGAGAAUACCAAUUAAUCAGUGAUUCACACACACGCACGCGCGCCCACACACACACAAUGUUAAUUUAGAUCAUAAAAUUUGAACGAAGGAAUUAUCGACAGCCAGAACAUUUUUUCUUUUCUUUCUCUUUGUAUAUUUACUGUUUGAAAAGUUCAGUGAGAGAUUAUUCGCAAAUAUACUCGAAGCAACUAUCGUUGCAUGAUGAUGGUAUUCUCGUCGAUCGGGACAAAGUUUUCGUAAUAUCGGUGUUUUUCAACCGAAUAGGAAAUAAAGGAAAAAAUCGAGAUUGAAUUAUUUGCGGAGCGCAAAGUCUUCCUUGUAACGGUACUCCUAGUUGAAGGGGCCCGAACGAGAUCAUUCGCGAUCGAUGAAGAUAACUGCAACGAACCAGCGGACGACUUUAUAUUCCGCAUCCUAUUCAGCGAAAACGUGUGUAAAUAGGCAGUAAUACGAUAGGCGUAUAAGGUUGCCGAGGAAAUGCGAGGAAGAACAAAAAAAAAUGGAACGAAAAAGGAAGAAAAACAUUAAGAAGAA